UUCAUCUCAUGCAUUUCGACAUAUUUCAGUUCGGUCGGCUGUGGGGAGAAGAAUACAUGAGAGGAACAUUGGAAUGAAUUCACCUACAAACGAUUUCAUUUUCAAUAUCAAGACAUUUGCCAUUUCGAAUAAUACUUCUUAAAAGUGGUUCUCAUGGAUAUUUUCAAACCGAUAAUUCUCAGUCUCAUCGGACUUCAGCGACGUCUCUUUGGCAAAGGAAAUACGCCUUCUGAGCAGGGGAGCAAGCAUCGAGCCGUGGCGAGCCAAAUAUAAACAAGCCUUAUGAUAACACUGAACGCUGUAUGUUCCCCCGAGGUCCAAGCGGCUGUAGAACCCCCAGAAAGCUGCAGCCAUGUUAGCCUGCCUACAGAGAAGGCAGCAGAACCUCUCAUCUCAGCACCUGGUCUGCACCCCCAAGAUCCUGGGGAGUCCACAGCAGCCGCAGCCCAGCACACGACAAAGUGAGCUGUCCUCCAUGAAUGGCCCUCGGUAUCCAUCCCCUGCAGAGCUGGAUGCCUUUGCCCAGAAGACGGCCAGCAGUCCCCUGUCCAUCAAGAUCUUCCCAUCCAACAUCAGAGUGCCGCAGCACAAACAGCUGAACAGGACUGUCAACGGUCUGGACACCACAUGCACCCAGCACUACAGUCCCUACUCAGGAGGCUACCAGGGCCUACUGGGUGUUGUAAAGGCCACUGUCUCCGUAGUCAAAGGCGUGCUGAAAAACUCUGAGGGCAAGAGAACUAAACAUUCCCCUGCCCAAACUGCAGCGGCACCAUACAACCCUCUCAGUAACAACAGACACGGGCAGCAGAAGAGCUACCACAUGGGCUCCUGCAAGCCUCCUGACGGGCCCAAAAUGGCUGUUCCCUCUAAUAUCAUUGUUGCUGCCUCUGUCAUCCCCACCCCAGUAGGACAGACUCUGGCCUCUCAGUCGGACCUGGACGUCCAGAGCUUGCUGAGGCAGAUGAACAGACACUCCCACAGCCAGGCCCUGCAGCACGGGGGAGAGGCCCAGCCAAGCCCCUCACGCCAGGCUGUGGCUGCUGUGGCCAGCUCAGACUCUGGCUUUACCUGGGGAGUGGUGCCCCAGAGCAGCCUAGCGCACUCCGGGGCUGUGCUGCCCACCCAGAGCGCAGACAUGGCCCAGGCUGGCUACUUGGAGAGAGUGGACUAUAGCAUGUGGCAGCACCACCAACAGCAGCAGCACUACCAACAGGGGGCGCUAAGGAUGUACAACAAUGCUCGGAUGGGCAGCGGGGGAGGGGCCGUGGUCAGCCGCUCUCCAGAGACCUGUCUCCCUUUGGCCUGCUCAGCACAGCUCUCCUAUAGGCGCCAUCCCCUCAGUGCAGGCACUAACGGGGCAGGGAUUGGUCAGGACCGGGUUAGCUCCUCCCCUCUGAACUGUGCUGCUAUGCAUGGGGAGUUCUCUGUGGGCCAGUACUUCGCCCCUCCCUGGAACAGUGUUCUGGUCACCCCGGACAGUGACUGUUACAACCCUCAGGAGCUGGUGCCUGGUUCCUCUAUGGGCCGGGUCAGAGACAUGGGGCUCUCCCAACCCCACCCUCACCCUCACCAUCACCCCAACCACCAGCUCCACCCCCACCACCAUCCUCACCCCCAGGUCUACGCCACAGACCAAAGCUUGGGCCUCUGUUGUGGGCUGCCCAGCACCAGCCUGUGCCACGCUUCUGUGCUGAGCAGCAGCCUGCAGUCUCUGGAGUGCCUGAUCAGUGAUCUCCACCCGCCCUGCAUCAAGGAGAGCAUGCUGGGGCGGGGCUACGAGGCGGUGGGGAUGCCAAGGCUACUAGACCACAACCUACAGCACACCCACGUCCAGCUGCCUGUGUUCAGAUAAGACAGGAUGUGUCCACACAGGGCACUCGGACUGAAAUAUUCUGUAAAACAGGAACUCCAUGGAUGCAGGUGUGUAAUUUUGAAGAGACCACCUCAGAAUGAGAAACGGCACCUUUUUAUUUAGCGUGUGUGUUGUAUUGGUACAGGGCUAUGUGGUUUGGAAUUGACCAAGUGUUGUAAACCUUAAAAGGGUAAUGAUAAUCAUGACUGACCUGCAGGGUCAUCUUAUUUGAUGUCUUAGUGUUUUCAUUUACGGAGGAUUUGUUGAUCAAUCAGAGAAUCAGUUCACAUCUGCCACAUUUGUUCCUCAGAAUAAUGUGUUUUGAAGCUUGUUUUUUUUCUCCAUCUGUCCACUGUUGAAUUUUUAAACCAUUUCAGAAUGUUGUCAUUUGAAGUAAGGUGAAAAGGUGAUGUGCAGGCAAUCCUCCUAAUGCCCUUACAAAGUGCAAAAAAAUACAACUGGAAAAUGGUACAUACUUAGGGCAUACAAGGGCCCAACUCCAGGCCUCCAGGGGCAUACAAGGGCCCAACUCCAGGCCUCCAGGGGCAUACAAAGGCCCAACUCCAGGCCUCCAGGGGCAUACAAAGGCCCAACUCCAGGCCUCCAGGGGCAUACAAAGGCCCAAUUCCAGGCCUCCAGGGGCAUACAAAGGCCCAACUCCAGGCCUCCAGGGGCAUACAAAGGCCCAACUCCAGGCCUCCAGACUGUCAGCUUGUUUUUAUUUAACCCUUAUUGACCAAUAAAGGCCACUGAUUAUAAUGCACUGCUGUAAGAACGGCAAAAAUGGGUCGAUUUAUACAUGGGGAAAUGUGUCAGGGAACCGUUUUUUAUUUUCAAAAGAAACUUUAUCUUGAAUGUUUUUGUAUUUUUGUUAGGUUGUGCCUAUGUUGGCUGCUAAUGGAGGAUAAUGUCUUUAUAUAAUGAUUGACCUUUGUUUUUGUUGUCUUCUACCACACUGUUGCUAGGCCCCAUGUCACAAGCAAGAGAUCUGCUAGCCAUCACGUUAAUGUUUGAUGGAAUGACAGAGUUAUCAUGUUUUACCUAAAACGGCACUGGGACUUUGGGGACGUGAUGUGUCAUUUGAUUCUCUGAUUUGUUCACAUUUUGCUCUUAGCUUUGGUUGACAUUCAUCAUUUAGGUCAUCAAUCACAAAAAUACUACCUUAAUCAACAGGAGUCCCUCCAAUAGUUUUCCGGAGACAGGAGAAAUGUGUUUUCAAACUGAAGGCAUGACUAUCAAAUUGAAGUAUUCCAUGGUAGAACAUUGGUUUACAAAUGAGUCGAGUUUACUGGAGAGGUGUCCCUUACAGAUCACUGGAGAACAGGCAUUUCUUACAGUAUAAUUCACUGCUUUUCUGUCAAUGUUUUCUUUCUGAAAAUAAGAUGUAGUUUCUUUGUAGUGGUCUAUCUGAUGCCUGAGAAGUAUGGCUAUAUAAAGAAUCUCAUAUGUCUGCACUGUCAAAUAUGAUUAUUUUUUUCCAACCAGUCAGUCAGGAUUCUGUUGGUUGACAAUGUACAUAAAUGACUCAAUGAUUAUGAAGUGCAAUUACAAUAUUGAACAGGUAUUUAACUCUACAAACAUGUUGAAAUGACUACAUUUACAUGAGUACAUGCAUAACCCUAGACUCCCAUACCCAUUCUCCUAUUCUUAAUUAAGAUUGUCAAAUAAAUAUUUUUUUCCUUCUAA